AUGUCAGAAACACCACCACAAGGAACUAACCGAUCAAGUCCACUGUCCUGUGUGCAGAGUGAUGUGGCCAAUUUGCCCAAUGAAAUCCUCCUCCACAUAUUCAGCUACAUCAGUUGUGAAGAUCUGUGGCAAUGUAGAGAGGUCUGUGCGAACUGGCAUAAUGCAGCCAUGGAUCCGUUUUUGUGGCAAGCUAAAUUGUGUGAAUUGUUGGGCACGCGUUGGUCCGUCAUCAGUUGUGAUAAAAAGCCUCAGGUUGCACCAGAUUUCACAGAUUUAAAUGUGUUACAUCCAUGUCACAUUUAUCAUUUUCUCUUUCGUUACGUACCUCCACAUUUGCACACACAGGUUGAGUUAGCCGGUGCAUUGUCCCAAGAAAAUUUCACGGAAAUCAGCCCGUUUCAUGCACGCAAUUUCAGACCGACAAUCGGUGAGUAUAUUUUGAACUGGUGGAAUCAAAUUGUUCGGCGAUUUUCCAUGACCACCGCACGACGUGCCACAAGACCGACACCUCAACCGUUUCGUUACGCCGUGUUCGGCCCCGGAUUCGAUGCCCGUGCCACAAGUCGACUAUUCAGUAAAUUAGUCGAUGCAAGAACUAAAUCAUUUGAGCCGAUCGAUAUGAUUCCCGGUCGUAUGGGUUUCGGCGCGGGACUGACCCUGCGAUUGUAUUCCCAGGCGCAAAGAGCAGCCUAUGAUCCAUCGCUGAAACCACGCUGCACAUCGACAAGUCACAAAGACGCUUCCAUUGAUCCUUCACUCACUUCCAAUGGGGUCUCACCGAACCAAACACCCGUCGGUACUCCGAACAACCUACGUCGAGGGAUAACUGAAAGUGCAAACUCCCACCCCAAUUCUCCGCGGGUUUCAUUACACGCAAAAAAGAUCUUGGAUGACACACCACCAAUGGAGGAUUUUGUUUUUGACCUUCAUUAUUUGUACGCAUUUCACGGACAUAUCAAUCAUACAUUUAGCUAUCAACGAGAACGAAUAUUGGGUAGUCGUUUGUUCCGGCAUCCAGAAAUAGACGAGGGGAUCACUGACGCAGAACUGUUGUCCACUCUUACCGUAAGCGAAGGGAUGCAAAACAUUCUGAAUGGACUAAAUGGAAUGAUCUAUGCAAUUGAUGCACGAGAAUCGGUGGAACAGUCCCUGUAUUUGUAUCAUGAACUUCAAGCUGUGCUCCGUGGUCUACCCGCGUAUAUUUCCCAAUCGGUACCUAUUGUCAUCCUGUACAUUAUGCCGAAGGAAGAAAUUCCCUUCGAACCAUUUCCCGUCAGAUCUGUGAACCGUUCAAACAUCAGUGAAGGUCUGAAUCGAGACAGCUACAGCGGGGCGGACUACACUGUAUCCUGGCGUGGAUCCCUUUUGUUACCCAUUUCCUGUCUGCGUUUAUUUGAGCUGAACAACCCAUGGCGACUGCAGAAAUGUGCCAGUAAUGAUAUCAAAGCUGUGAUUCAGAGUAUUAUGUGGCUCAAAUCCCGGUCACCUGUGAUACGAACCGGAGAAGAUCCAGUUCUGUUACGCUCCAACUCAGCCGUGUAA